AUGGACCCAAACGGCGUCGUUAGGUACACUCACCGCCGGUCACCCUCCUCCGACCGGUUUCUCAACGUUUUCUCUCCGCCUUCCUCCUCCGGCGUCAUUUCCGGCGACUCCUCAGUCGCCGGCGACGAUUUCAGUGAAGACGACGUGUUCUGGACCGGGGAUUUCGCUGAAAACAAGCUCCGAUCGUCUGAUUCCGUCAAAUCAACCAACCGGAACCCUAGCAAACGUCAGGAAACGUUCGGAAUUCUCGCCGCAUUGCCGGAAAACAACGGCCGUAAACCUAAUCUCCCUGUGCUGAACCGAAACCCUACGGUCGGUUCUCCGUCAUCGUCGCGGUUAAUUCCGUCGAUUCCGAUGAUUCCGAGGCCUAAUAAGUUAGAUCGAGAUGUCUCUCAAUCUAUGCCGGUGAGAUUUCAGCAAUCGGCGCCGGUGAACGUGCCGAUGUUCGCGAGGAAGGUUAGGACUGGCGGUGAGCUUGCUGACGUGGAUAUUGUUGAGGAUGAUGAUGACGAAGAGAUGCUUCCGCCGCAUGAAAUUGUGGCGAGAGGUUCGUCGCCGCGUACGGCGUUUUCCGUUCUGGAAGGUGCUGGAAGGACGCUGAAAGGAAGGGAUUUGCGGUUGGUUCGGAAUGCGGUGUGGCGGAAAACAGGUUUUCUCGAUUGA